CUGAUUUGUUGAGCUUUUCGCUCUGAAUUAUCUGUUGGAGUUCAGGGCGAGGUGGAGGUCAUCCAUCUUUUGGUUUUGGAAGACAUGAAAUAGACAAAAAGAAAAGUAGAAGAAAGGACAAUGCUGGACCGACCCUUGGAUUCUUCAGGCACCACAUCAGGGAGACGGGAGUGAUUCAAAAAUCCCAUAAAGAAGAAAAAUGAUAAUGCGGAGAAACAGAGAGAAGCGGAUGGCUGCCUUCAGAGAAAUGAACUGGCUUUCAAGGUAAUGAGCAAUGUGCGAACCUGUUAACUAGGCAUAUUCUCUUUGACCUUAAUUUAAACUGGGGAUUAGCCAUCUCAUCAGAGUUCUUGGUGAAAAGCCAAGGCUUGUUUUGCCUGCAUUCAAAGAAGGAUUUGGAUGGAAACUAGCUGCUCAUUCCCUCGGAGAAAGCUUUUGCAUAUUUCCUUUGGCAAGGAACUUGAAGUGAUUAAAAGGCUAAUUCAUUUGGACUGACUUCAAGAGAAGAAAAACACACUGCAUUUACAUUUAUAACCGUUAUGGAUUUGGAUCAGUUCUAUUGCUCAACCCGGGAGCAUGCUGUCCAUAUACCUGAAUUCAGCUCAUCAAAGGAUCCAAGAACUUAUUGAUAAUCUCCGUCCUCCCAGGCAAUGGAGCUUCGCAAGAGAGUUAAGCUGAACAAGCUCAGACAUAAGUUGGGCCUUUCACCAGAUGCACCCGCUGAGGGGCGGGGCAGCAGUAACAUGAUGUUACGGACGGCGAGAUCUUAUGCCACACAGGAGGAGGAGGGUGGACGGCAGGCUUCUCUGUUUGGAGGAUGGCGAUCUGGUUCCGGUUCAAGCGCGCAAUCCCGGGGGUCUUGGCGACGGUGGGUUUCCAUGGCAGCAGGGCUGUUGCUGGCUGGGCUGCUGGCGCUGACUCAGGCCUGGUGCGUUAACGCCAUACAUGAGAAUCUGCUGUGGUUCUCUCAGCUCAUGGAAGUGGAGCGGGAGAUUUCCUUUCGGACAGAGUGUGGACUGUACUACUCAUACUACAAGCAAAUGUUGCAGGCCCCGUCCAUACAGGAAGGGCUCUCAGAUUUGAUCCAUGACAACUUGACAGAAUCCAAGAGGACCAUUAAUCUCCUACAGCGAAUGAAUAUCUACCAAGAGGUCUUUCUCAGUGUUCUCUACAGAUUGCUGCCCAUUCAGUCGUAUCUGGAGCCAGUGUAUUUCUACAUUUACACUGUGUUCUCGCUCCAAGCGGUGUAUGUGAUCGCUCUGUACCUCACAGCGUGGCUCCUGUCUGGUUCCUGGCUGGCUGGUACGCUCACGGGGGUCUGGUACAUUCUCAACAGGGUGGAUACCACUCGGGUGGAGUUCACCAUCUCCCUCAGAGAGAACUGGUCUUUGCCCUUCCUAGCUCUGCAGGUCACUACGAUCACAUGUUACCUCCGGCCACAGCUCACCGCCUUGCAGCAGAAGGUCAUGGUGUGGUUGAUGUACGUGACGACGUUCUUCUUCUGUCUGACGUGGCAGUUCAACCAGUUCAUCCUACUCGUCCAGGCUCUCAUCAUAUACACCCUGGACUGUGUCGACUUCUUAACGACUACACAGGUGACCACUCUGUACCUUGUUCAAGUGAGCGGUCUGCUGAGCGUGUGGCUCCUCCAGUUCUGUAACUCCAUGAUACUGGGAUCACUGGUGCUGAGCUUCAUCGUAGCUGCGCUCUUCGUCAGACACUGCCAGUCUGGUCUGAAGACAGGAAGCCUGCUGGCUCGUCUGGGCAAACUCCUUCUCCACACUGCCAUGGUUCUUCUCCUCACCUUCACCAUCAACUACCUGGCCAAGAAAGCACUUCAGCUCAAAUCAGACGAGCACAUCUUUAAAUUCAUCAAGUCAAAGUUUGCCUUGGGGCCAACAAGGGAUUUCGACGCCAGUCUGUAUUUGUGUGAAGAGGCCUUCGGCUUGCUGCCCUUCGACACACUGGAGCGACUGGCCGGUACCCUCCUGCUGUACCCCUACGUCCUCACACUGCUGCUGCUCGGUGGCAUGAUGGCAGUGAGCGCACUGCACAACCUCAGGCCUAAAGGAGUAUCAGCUGAGGAGAGGAAAGGCGCAGGAGAAGGGCAUGAGGCGGCUCUCCGUCCAGAUGUGGCGUAUAAUCUGUUGCAUACGCUGUUCUACGGCCUCCUGGCUUUCAGCACCAUGAGGAUGAAGUACAUAUGGACGGGCCACAUGUGUGCGGUGGCAGCCUAUGGUGUGUGCGGGACAGAGUUGUGGACUCCACUUCUCACCACUCUGCGCUGCAACAGCAAAGUCAUGCUACGCCUUGUCAGAUAUGCAGUUCCGCUGGCAAUGAUCGGGUGCCUGUAUUACAAGUUCUGGCCCAAGCUGAUGGAGGAGUUAUCAGAACUGAGGGAGUUUUAUGAUCCAGACACUGUGGAGCUCAUGACCUGGAUUAGCACAAAGACCCCUAAGCGGGCUGUGUUUGCAGGGAGCAUGCAGCUGCUGGCCGGCGUCAAGCUGUGCACGGGCAGAGUUGUCACCAACCACCCCCAUUAUGAAGAUAAAGACCUGCGGGAGAGGACCAGACAGGUGUAUCAGGUGUACGCUCGUCAAUCCGCCGAGGACGUCCAUGACAUCCUGAGGGCUGCCGGCGCCGACUACGUGGUGCUGGAAAACAGCAUCUGCUACGAGCGGAGGCACAGGCGCGGCUGCAGACUGCGGGACCUGCUCGACCUGGCCAACGGACACAUCAUGGACGGACCCGGAGACAACGACCCGGACCUCACCCCUGCCUCCCACCCACGAUUUUGCGAGGCCAUCAAGACGGACACGGCGGACUACGCCGCUCUGUUCACCAGGACGUUCGAGAACAAAACCUUCCACGUGUACCGGAUCAAGAAGAAACGCAAGAAAAGUGCCAAGAACUCGCCAGAGCCCGUCGCGACUCAAUAGUAGGAGCGGAACUGUAAGGAAACACCCCCCCCCCCCCCCCCCCCCCCCCCCCCGUCACAGGCCAGAGGGGAGAGAGGCGGAGGAGAAGAAGAGAUGAAAAGCACUGAAUCCUCGCUGUUCCUCUGUCUCCUCUCUGCACAGUGCCCAGCUGUGAUCAUGCCCAUUAUUCUUUAACACAUGGCUCUGUAAACUGUGGCGAUGGAGCAGUGGGCCGGUUCAUGCUCUGGGGCUGCAUUGUUUCAGUCAGCAGCACCGAUAGAGAGUGCUUCUUUUGGGUUUGUUCUUCUCCACCCGUCCACCCGCUCUCCUCCCAGCCCUCACCGGUACAGAUGCAAGGACACGGACACAACUGUUCGACCUCCAGGCCGGAACUGCAGCGCCCCAACCAACGACUAACGAUUUAAUGUCCUUCGAAGUCAUCACUGUCGUCUGCACACAGCGCGUCAUGGAAGUAGGAUCAACUCCUUCGCUACUUAUGAAUAAUUUGAAUUAUUGUUUUCUCUUUCAUCCACAGCAGGCUAGGGGGGUAACAGUGUUUAUGGAGAUCCAACGUCCAAUCAGAACCCUUUAACAUUCUGGGUUAGGGUUAGGGUUAGGGUUAGGGUUAACCCUAAGUCUAUUAUUUUAGUUUUGCUUUUUAACAUUUUUAGGUUUGGCAAUGAAUUACCCUACAUUGUGAUGAACAAUGCUUGUUUAGUGUUCAGUAAAAAAGUAUUUCCUUUUGAGCUCUGCCUAAGAGUGAGAGUUAGAAUAGGAGGAAUUUACUAAAACAUUUUGUUGAGCUCAACAAAUCUUUUAAAUGACUUUGAGACGUAUCCACAAUGUAGCCGGCUGUUGGAAUCCAAUUCACAGAUUUCCUUUUAUGGAAGUGCAAGUUGCCACAACUGUUGAGAAGGGUUUAAAGGGUAGUCUUGACACAAAGGGUAAAAAAAAACAAAAAAAACUAGCCACAAUUGUUAAACGUGCCAGUUUGUGAAUUUGCCAUAUUUGCACCGUGUCGAUCAAAACAGAAGCAAUGGUCUCUCUCUAAAUUGAAGGGGAGAAACCAAGCUCCAAGAGCUAACAAGCUGCUAGCUGUAUAUUUAGCUCAGUAGCCAAAGGGACUAGAAGUUCAUGCAGUUUAUUCAAAAGAACUAAAUUUAGUAUUGACUUGUUCUCUUUUAUGUACACCUAUGCUCUUUUGUUGAGCAGUUUGUACCCGGACAGAGGAGAUUAAAAAACAAAAGUGUGUCACCCAUUUUGAUAAGCGAAAGCUAUAGAGCGCAACGGUGAGGUUCCGGAAGUGAAAAUCCCAUUCAUAUUCUCCACUGACAUUUUGAUUAUCAGCCAUGAAGUCGUGACCAUCCAAUGUGGACUUACCACGAGCUACGAGGUUGUGAAACGACGGUAUAUGAACCUGUACAAGCUACAAGUCCGUAUGGAAUCAACCUAGUUUUAAGAAAAGCAUGUUUAACUCGCAAUGUCAUUGAGAAAUACUAUAGUAACAUCGACGCUGUUACCAUGGAAACGCUUACUACACCCGCGAACUUCGUGUCGGCCAGUGAUGCUGCGUUCCAUUGUCCUCGGAGCUCGGGCGUCGGGUUGUCCGUCCAUUGUACCUCAGGACUCGAAAUUCCGGACCUCCGGAGGGUCGGAGUAACCACGCCAACACGGACAUCGGGGCUCCGAGCUCCGAGUUCCGAUAUGUGAUGAAGCGCAGCAUGAGUAACUGGUACCCGCUGCUACCACUGAACUCUCCUAUACAAUUCAUGCGCGCACAAAACACAAGCUGCAAUACACUGCGAGACUCUUAUCAACAAUAUAAACACUACAGUGAUGUUGAUGAUGACGAAGGUUAAAUUCAAAAAGAAGCGUAUUAAAAUGACGGGUUGAAGUCGAAAUGCUUUCGCAAUGGCUUAUGGGAUGAGAAGUUCCUCCGCUCUUAAAAUAAUUAUGCGGACAGUCUUGUACUUAAAUGUUUUAUGAUGACGAUUCAUCUCGUAGCUUAUUGGCUUGGUGUCAGGCUUAAAACUCUUUUUAUUUUGGGGGAUUUUUAUGAUGUCAAUGGAGUAAAUGAAUGGGCAAUUCACUUCCGCAAUGGUUUAAAAAAAGUGAGCGCUCACUGUUGCGCUCUACAGCCGCCACCACUUGGGACACUGUGGCUCUGCCUUACCCUGAAAGGUCUGCAGAUGGUGAGAGGCAAACAUUUGUGUGGGGCGUAGAUUUACUGAGACCGAUUCAACGGAAAAUGAGUUGAUCACGCCACAACAUUUCUGCGGUGUGUCUUUAUGAAUUCAUGCCACGUCACUUUAAGGACCGAAAACUUGAACGCUCAGUGUUUACUCUCGACCUCGGAAGCAGGGUCACUCGCCCAACUCGGGGUCCUCACAUCUGUGUAUGAGGACUGUGUAAAGUGAGAUGAUGUACUCGGGACCGUGUCACACUACUACGUUUCUUCAGAUUCGGUGUUCAUCUGUAAAAACAAACAUUGCCUGAUCACGUUGGGCUCCACAGUGAUACGUGGUCUCAGUCGCCCCUGAAAAGCGAGGAGAUCAUUUUGUUAGAUGCGAUGGCAGGUUCCGCCGCUGCCUCAAUGUGUUUCUGCUGCAACAAUACUGAGGUCAGAGCCGGUACCAAGUGACAUUUGUGACAGUGUGUUGUUGUUUGUGAUUGCUGUCAUGUUUUUUUCCUCUCUCUUCUCCGUGCGCUCUGUGAUUCUCAUCAGCGGCAGCCUCAACCUUUUCCCUCUCCGCGCUGCUCUCUCUCUCGCCGUCUCGCACACGCCGCCACCAACACACAUGAAUAAUGUAAGUGGCGAGGAAAUUGCAGCAGGCUAACAACGACGCUGAUUCCCCGCCGCAAUCCAAAAUAGUUUGUGAGCGAGAGAGACAGAGAGAGAGAGGGAGGGAGAGAGGAGGCAACACUUGCAUAUCAAACUGAGGCUUUGUGGUACGAAAAGAAAGUGGGGAGGAGGAGGAGGAGGAGGAGGAGGAAGACAGAAACGGCUCAUCUUUAAAACAGCAGCAGACGAGGGACGAGAGCGCAUCAGAACAUGGAUUCGCGAUGAUCUGAACCUCGUUCCUCGCCGUCGUCCUCUUCUUCCCCUUCUCUCAAAUCAAAGGGAGAGGAAGGGAGACGAUUGAAAGGCUGGUGCUGCGUCGAUUAUUAUCGAUCGGCCACUCGGAGUUGCCUGCUGCAAUGAGCUGUUGUGUGUUGUGUGUUGUGCGUGUCUUUGUGACACACACUCAUGCGCACCCCCCCCCCCCCAAUCCCCUCCCUCCCUCUCCCUCUCUCAUCUCAGUCAGCCUAUAUUCGUACACUUGUUAAUAAGAAACCUCUGUUUGAUAAUCCACGCCCUCGCAGAUGCAUCGACACUCCUGCGGAGUUGGUGUGGCGCUUUUCAUCACGCGUGGUUAGUUAACCGAGCGGCCUCGUUGUAAUGCAUACCAAUCGCAUCAGUGGGAAACAGUAGUGCCCCCCCCCCCCCCCCCUUGCCUUCAUAUUGGAUGUUUAAUUUAGGAGAUGUCUGAUUGCUUCAUUUGAACGAAGUGAUUCCAUUAUGUUUGCCUAAUAAGAGUGUACUAAUGUAAUUUUUCCCCCCUCCCCCAGCAUUGUUAUUUUCCAUACAUAUUGGGGUUUGCAGUUCAUCGGGAGGCGUGCCGUCUGCCCAUGGUUUUCUGUAAUGAAAAGGGAGGCGAAGGAAGCCGUCAACUUGUGCGCACAUACGACAUAGCUCAACACUUCAUUUAGCCUCAUUGUAAAGACCUAGUAGAUGUUGAAACAAAUGCAGCCACUUGAUUUUUUUUCAUUUUGCUUGUCAACUGAAUAGUUUCAGGGAGAGAGAGGGAAUUUUCAAGCUGUUCUCUCCACCAGAUCUUGGAACCGGGCUGCGGGGAUUUGAUUUCAGUCAGCCAAGACAGCGCUGUCAAAGUUAUGGAGUAAUAUUGAUUAUCAUUACUAUGGCAACUGUCAGAGUGUGGCACGUAUGAGGCGAGCAAGUGUACAGCCCGCUCUGAAAGUUGAGGCAUGAAAACACAGUAUGUGUAAAGGUGGUUUUAACGUAUGUAUCAUGACAUUACUCUGUGAACACGAGCAGAAGGAAACAAAACUGAGGCUGAUACGUUUCUCGUUUGCCAAAGUUAUCAUUCAGCUUACGCGCAGGGGGAUGUUGGUGCCGUAAAUUUGACUUUAGAUUUAAUUGUCUGACUUUUUUUUAUUCAAGAUGAACUGCAGUUUUGCUGCACGUGCCAAGUCCGACACAAACCACCAGUCAUUCUCGGGACGCAUCGAUUCUCCGGGAGCCAGUGCCAUAUAAAAACAAAAAGUAUUUGUGGAUGUGAAAUGCCGCAUUGAAUCUAAGGGGGUCUCAGUGGGUAUCAGUAAUGUGUGUGACGGACCACUUCAUACCGUGCACACAUUGGUACUGUGGAAGUGACUGACAGGACACUGCUGCACCUUGAAGGCCGAAGAGCAGCGCGCGACCCUCAACAUCAUCAUCGUCGACGUCUGGGUUUAUAUGAAAUAUUUAUAUCGUAUAAUAUUUUGUGAGUGCCUUUGGCCAUUUCCUCCAUUUUGAUCCGCUGUUUCUUUUUUCUAUGAAACCGCUUAAACUCAUGUUGCACGUCUGGGGUUUCUACUGCAGGAUGCUCUUCACAUAUCAGACAUCGAACCCACUAGUAAAUGUUUACAGCCGAAAUCGUUUCCGUGCCAAGCAAGUUUUUUGGUGGAUGUAACGCUAACCCGAGUUGAGAUAAAAAAAAAAUAUUUUCCAAUGCCAGUGUUAGUUUUUAGACACAUUCAUGUUCAAUGGCAGUAUGACCAAUAAACGUAACUUUUCCUUUUCAA